UGCAUCACAAGCAAGCCGAGAGGAAGUUGAUUCUCGAUCGGUUUUUGUCGGCAAUGUCGGGCUUCAAAUGAGUUUUCGAAUAAACUAACGCUUGUGUGGGAAUUAUAUUGCAUAGAUCAGAUAUGGUAGGGGAAGAAUGUUACUAAAAAGAAAGAAAUUUAGGGGAGGUUUUUCAUUAAAGAAAAAAAAAAUAGGUGAGGUUGGGAAAAGAACAGAAAUGAAUAAAAAGAAAUAUGAUGUUAAGAGUAUUGGUGUAUAUUUGAGAAAAAGUAUGAAAGUAUAAAACAAUGAUCUAUAUUAGAAAAGAGUCAGAAGAUAAAACUAGGAGACGAAUCGUACAGUUUAUCUUGUAGAGGGAAUAGAAAAUUCAUAGGUUUAAACUACAAUGUGAGCCCUCAGAAACUGACUCAGGUUUUUAUGCCAAGAGGAAAGAAAGGGAUAGAUUCAAAUGAAGGUUUCUCAACCAUGAUCAGUCAAUUAAGGCAACAUAUGUGUUGAAGACUUUCUCACUUGCAAAGGCUGGAGCUUUUGAUGGUGGUCAAAGCUUAUGGGAUUUGUAGUUACAUUGUUUUUGCAUAUGGUGGAUUAUGCAUGUACCCCUGAAGAAGUGCAGCAACAUUUCCAGUCAUGUGGGACAGUAAACAGAGUCACAAUUCGCACAGACAAGUUUGGCCAACCAAAGGGUUAUGCUUAUGUGGAAUUUGUCGAAGUAGAAGCUGUUCAAGAAGCAAUUCUUUUGAAUGAAUCUGAACUACACGGCCGCCAAUUAAAGGUUUCUGCUAAAAGAACGAAUAUACCUGGAAUGAAGCAGUUCCGUGGUCGUAGAGCAAAUCCGGCCAUGGGUGGCUUCCGUUCAAGGGGUCCUAACCCGUUCACUCCAUUCAUAUACAACCCCUAUGGAUAUGGAAAGGUUCCGAGAAUGAGAAUGCCUAUGCGUUACAGUCCCUACUUCUAAAUUUUCAAUUUUUCCGAGGCAUAGGCAUCGAGGGUGAAGACACACUCCUUCCUUUUUUGAAGGACUGCGAUUCAAGAUGGUUCGGUUUUUCUUUUCUUUUCUUUUUCUUCUUUGAAUGGAACUAUUGCAUCUGUAGGUUUACUGUGGAUAAUUUUGUGUGGAUUAAGCAUUUUGUGAAGAUGGAAGAAUGUACUAGCACCACCACCACCACCACCACCACGACCUAUACUGAAUUCUCUAUAUAUCUAAUUUAAUCUUCGCAAAGAAGCCCUUUUCUUCA